AUGCACCUAUUAAAGAAGAAUUGCACUACAAACUACUAGAUUUUAAAUAGUUAUUUGAUAUAUUAUAUAAAGAACAACAGAGAAAAAGAGCUAAUAAAUUCUGAUAGAUAAAAAUUUAAGACAAAUAUUUGUUAAAACAUUGAUUUAAGUUCUUUUUAUUAAAGUUACUUAUCCUAUUUGUACAAAUUAUAGAUUAACAAAUUAAGAAUUAAGAAAAUGAAUGUCUACUUUAGAAAAAUCAUUAUUUGUUUUGUAUUUUUAAUAAUUUUUAGCAGUAAAGUAAAUGCUUGCCAAUAAGAAAUAGAAAUAUAGCUUUAAUAAUAGUCUAUAAUAUAUACAUGCUCUGAUAAAUAAAUUAUAAUCUAAGAUUAAUAAGUAGUAUCUCUUAGAAUUGAUCUUUCAGGAAUAAAUAUAAAUUCUAUCAUAAUAAUAAAGAAUGUCAAGAUAGUUUAAAUCGAUUCAAUUAAUAUUUCAUUUUGCAUGAUAGAUUUAGAUAAUAAUUAAAAUGCUUUCAUUUAAAUGAACAGCAUCUAGAGGGUUCAAAUCGGAAAUUUGUUGAUAAAUUAAGUAUUAGCCUAACAAUUUAAUUUAGUUAUUAAUAUUAAUAAUGUAGAAACAAUACAAAUAGAGCAAAUAUCAAUAAAUGUAGGCUACGCAGAAGAAAACAAAAUAGUGAAUAAUGAAAAAUAAAUAUAAAUGUCUGAAAAAACAAAUUAAAAUAGCUAGUAUAUAUAUGAAAGCGCUAUAAUUGCAGUAUUUGGUAAAUAUAUUAAAAUUGGAAUGAACUAUUAGAAAUUAAUGAAAUGA